CCAAUAGACUUUAGAUUUGAUUAGACUCAAGAAAGCUCAUUGUGCAAACAUAUACUUUUUUUUUUUUAAACAGUGUGUUGAAAUGUUCUUAAAGUUAUAUUAUGUAAAUAGCAUUCAUUUUAGAAUCAGUCAAGGAAGUAUGAUACAUGUAAAGUCCUUGCGCUUCAGGUUAAAACUACAAUUCCCACAAUGCUGAUCUAACGAGAACUCGGGAUGUCGUUGAGUCUGCACAUCUGCGUGCAUGUGUAACAGGAAGUCAUAAAGAACAAGGAUCUAAACUAAAGAUGUUGAAAGCUGUAAUACUAAUAGGAGGCCCUCAGAAAGGGACUCGGUUUCGACCUCUUUCUUUUGAGGUUCCAAAGCCCUUGUUCCCUGUAGCAGGGGUCCCAAUGCUUCAGCACCACAUUGAAGCAUGUGCAAAGAUACCAAACAUGAAAGAGAUUUUACUGGUAGGUUUCUAUCAGCCAAAUGAGGCGCUCAGUCGGUUCCUGUCUUGUGCACAGCAGGAAUUCAAAAUCCCCAUCAGGUAUCUUCAGGAGUAUUCAGCUCUGAGUACUGCGGGUGGCAUUUACCACUUCAGAGAUCAGAUCCUGUCAGGGGGCCCUGAAGCAUUCUUUAUUAUGAAUGCAGAUGUCUGUUCUGAAUUUCCACUUCUAGAGAUGUUAGAGUUCCAGAAGGAACAUGGAAACACCCACGUCAUUCUGGGAACAACAGCUAACAGAAAACAGUCCAUGAACUAUGGCUGUAUUGUUGAAAAUCAAGACACCAAUGAGGUGUUGCACUAUGUGGAGAAGCCUAGUACAUUUGUCAGUGAUAUCAUCAACUGUGGGAUUUACCUGUUCACACCUGAAAUCUUUCAACACAUUGGGCUCGUUUUCCAGAAAAAUCAACAGGAUCUCUUAUUAGAGGAACAGAUGAAUGGCUGGCAGCGAGCAGAAGUUAUUCGCCUGGAACAAGAUAUCUUUACAGCACUGGCAGGAAGGGGAAAGCUUUAUGUGUACAAAACUGAUCAGUUCUGGAGCCAGAUCAAAUCUGCUGGAUCAGCCAUUUAUGCCAGCCGUCUAUAUCUAAACCACUAUCGCAAAACCCACCCUGAAAGGCUGGCCAACAAUGAAGAAGGAAGGCCUACCAUCAGAGGAAAUGUGUAUAUCCAUCCAACUGCCAACAUUGACCCUACUGCUGUGUUAGGUCCUAAUGUCUCCAUUGGCACUGGAGUGACAAUAGGAGCUGGGGUUCGAGUAAGAGAGUCCAUCAUUCUUCAUGGAGCUACAUUGCAGGACCACAGUUGUGUCUUAAAUAGCAUUGUGGGAUGGGACAGCACAAUCGGGAAAUGGGCCAGAGUUGAAGGGACUCCCAGUGAUCCCAAUCCUAAUGACCCUUAUGCCAAAAUAGACAGUGAAACACUAUUCAGAGAAGGAAAGCUUACACCUUCAAUAACUAUCUUGGGCUGUAAUGUGAACAUUCCAUCAGAAGUAAUCAUUCUUAACGCAAUUGUCCUCCCUCACAAAGAUCUCAACCGAGGUUUUAAAAACCAAAUUAUUCUGUAGAAUUUGUUCUGCAUUUUUUGUACAAAUGAUGCAAAAUGGAAAGUUUUUAACCCUUGAAACUUAGCUGGAGAAAAAAAAAUAGAUGAAAUACAGUACCCACAAAGAGCUUUCUAUCCUAAAAGAGCUUUAUAAAACCCUGGCUGGCAGAAGAUGUGAAAUGAUAUGGCACACAGCAUAGUUUAAAAUAUUGAAAUUUGAAGACCACAAACCCUUUUCAGCAUCUUGAUGCCUGGUAAUUUAAAAAGUAUGUAACAUUUUAUCUUCUUGCAAUUAUACCAUUGCUUAUUUUUUUGUGUUUGACUCAUCAGUGAACACUAAAUAUUGUAGUAACAUAAUACAUAUCAACCUUUUUAUACUUGGUGCAAUUAUUAGGCAAGACCAGUUACAACCACAUGCCUUUCACCCAACAGUGUAUUUAAGGCUGCAUUUACACUGGGUCUGUUUCAAACGGACUCAGUAUGGUUCGUUUAGUUUAAAACAACGUAUCGCCGUGUUUGCUGUUCACACUUAUCUGCGAGCCAAGGGACAGAGUUUAUUUGGAUGCAGCCAGGCAUAUUGAAAGAUGGCUGCUAUUGAUGUUGCUCUGGUUUAUAAUAUUGCAUGUUUUAGGUUCUUAUAUAUUGCUGGGGAAGAAAGCACUGGGGGAAGUAUGUCGCUAAUACAUGUUUUGAAUGCUUACAGUAGGAGAAUAAUGCAGUUCUGACAAUUCUCCAAAAAAAAAAAAAAAAACCAGAACCAACAUUUAAUUUGAACAUGGUGACGCUCUUAAAUGAUGUCAUUAGGUUCGGCAGAGUGCUUUUGAAUCAAAGGGAAUUGUCGGCUUUUAACUGCCAGUUAUCAUCAUGUAUGUUUAGCAUCCUCUCAAUUUAAAACUUUUAAACCUCAACAUCAAUAGAUCUAAGAAUUGUAACAAGAGGGAUUUUUUUUAAAGCCUUACAUGAAGACUUUACACACUAUUGUUAUGCUUAUGUGUUUAUAAUGUGGAUCUGUAUCGGCCAAGCGAAACUCAUCUGUCUACACAUUAAAAGGUGACAAUUUGUUUUUAAUUUAAAGCACUUUGAUUAUACACACAGCACAACCUAAUUGUGUGAUUUAAAAGUUUAACUGGCUUUCAAUUGAAAUGUGUUGGUUCAGUGAGACCUUAACGGAAAAUUAUUCAGAACCGCUGUAUUCGUCCCAUCCCUACUGGUAACCCUAAUGUAGUUCCCAAAGACAUUUUUUGCUGUACUUGUUUCCUCCGAAUAUGAACUAAACUACAUGUGAAAUAUUUACUUCUGACUAAAGUUAUCUUGUAUAGUUAGUUUGCGAUGUGAAAAAUGACAGAGUUCAGCAGUUGUUCACAUUGACAUUUAGCAAGUGAACCAGUUUGCCAAAGGGACCGAGGUCACCUCUUUACGUGGACUCAGUACUGUUCAUUUCCCAAGCAGACUUGUUAUUCACACCAACCGUACUGAGUUCAGACCAAACCCUCUAAACACACCCACAAUGUUAUUUUAUUAUGGGAAGUGAAGUGCUGUAUGAAGUGUGUUAAAUACAAAUGCCGAAAUGUAAUCUCAUAAUGGCACCCAGCAGCUGAAGCUAUAAAAUACACUGAUCUGCUGUAUGAUUAAAGUUCCCUGAAGGACUUUAUUGGAGUGUGAAAUCUCAUUAGUUAUAUAUUUUUUUAUAAAAUAAUAAGAAAUGUUUAUUAUGUAAAUCCAGUUUUUCUUCUUGCUACCUGCUUAAUUUACUGCGUAACAUACCAGUUAUGGUUCAGUUAACUCUGUAAACUUACCAGGCAUGACAUGAGGUCAAUCUGUAAAUGUGACGAUUUAUCGAAAGACAAAUACCAGUGCAUGGGCCAAGUCUGUACACACACAGACAUGAUUGGAUGAUUAAAAAUCAUGAACCCAUUUUUUUUCCUACAUUUGUGUUUCUCAUUUUUUACCCAAAGGUUAUCCUGCCUCAACUACAUUUAUUACAGUGCACAGGGUAUAUUUCUUUAACUGAUCCAAACAUUUAAUAAGCCAGCUUCACGUGUUACAAGUGAACAGACCCUGUGAUUUCACAAUGAAGCUUCAUGAUCUACCACAGCCUGUCCUGCUCCUUUUAUAUCUGCUGCAGGGUUGGCGAUGUGAAAAACAUUUCUAGCUUGCACUGACUUGGUUUUGCUGCUGAACCUGGACAAAAGUACAAUGUAAUCAAUAUCUGAAAGAAAUACAUUUCCAAGCAGGUUUUACAUUUCAGUGAUGUGACAUUUGUUGAAAAACAAUGCCUUUAGGUUUGCCAAGUUAUUAAAGCACAUGUAUUCCUAUCGCAUUAAAAUGUAGCCCUUUGUGACCUCACCAAAAAAUAAAUAAAAAUGAAAAUAA